AUGAUAAAAGCUUAUCGACUUUUUUGCAACAAUCGGAUUCCGGAGGCUGAAGAAAUUUGUUCGCAGCUGUUGCGCCAAAAUCCACUCGACCAGGUAGACACUUAAGAGGACAGCCGUUGGCUGGCAGCUGUGCUCCGUUGAGAAAUAGAUCAUUCCUCGGGAACUCGGCACAAUUUCAGUGUAAAGCAUGGCGCUUUGGAUGACUGCGUUGUCCGGAUUCUUUCAAGAUCUGAUUGCUGAAAAGCACCAGUAAUUUUUUUUGGUGAAAAAGGAGAAAAACUAAUUUCCUCCUUGUGGGUUCAAAAAAACAGCCCUAAUGGGUGUUCAGGCCUCCUGGUCCCUACCGGACUUUUGUUUUUUUUUAAAGGUUUGAGAACUGAUAAGCUGUUUUUUUCGGUGAGAGGGUAUGAAAAAUGAGAUCUACGAAGUAGUUUUACGUAGAGGUUUCUCACAUUUUCCUUUUUCCAUCGCUAUUUUUUUAUACAAAAGUUAAUCGUAAGAUCAAACGGAAAAGAAGUUUUCGAACCUAGUUUUUAUGGUAAUUUACCUUUUUCUCAUUUUUUUUUUCUAAAAUAAGUUAGGCUGAGGCAUAGUGAACUUUUUCUGCAUUUGAUUUUGAACUUGACCUUUUUCAGGCGGCAUGGGCUCUCAAGCUUUCCUGCCUAACUGAAACGACUUUUGUGGAUGAACUUGAGAACGAAGACGUUGGCAUAGCAGAGACUUUUUUGGAGCAGAAUGUCAUUGCUCCAAACGCGAGACCUGGAACUUCGUUUCAAAGACCGAUGACGUCUUCGAAAGGAGUUAACCCCAUAUUACGGUAUCUCGUUGAUUUAUUUUCGAUUAGUAGUAAGCUUUCAGACCCACGACAACAGCCGGACGUCCUCUCUCCGGCGUCGUGCGGCCUCAGACUUCUUUCAAAUCUGGAUCGAUGGACCAGGCGGUCAGGACAGCCAGAACCGCUAAAACAGGCCGUGCCGUCAGCAGCUCUUCUGCUCGUAACGUUCGUCUCGGAACGGUACGUAUAUACUGGCUUUUUGAUGGAUUAUCUCAACGGCAAUUUCGAAUCGAAAAUAACUAUAAUGGAAGAACUGAUUUUAAGCAGCAUGAAAAAACGUUUUUCACAGGAAUUUCUGGACAAAAAAGCGAUUUUCAAGCGCCAUACGCUCAUUUUUUUUUAAAUUCUACUUUUCGCAUUUUUAAAAAAUUCUAAGUAUAUUUUGGUGUAAAAAAUUUCAAAUUCGCUUUGAAAUUUUGAUCAAAAUGUAUAAAAUAAGGCGUCGAUGGCAUCUGGGUUUGAUGGACAAUUCGUUAACCUGGCUCGUUUGAACAUCGACAAAUAUGCUGCUGAUCCUCAAGUUCGUGUUUGCUCAUUCGCCAUAGUGUCUAGGGUUUUUUUCAGGUUAAUCGUCAGUUGUUUGAAUACGUCUUUUACCAUGAAAAUGACAUAAAAGUUGCACAUCAGGUAAAAAUUUCGUUCCCGAAACGUGUUAUGGUUUUCUUUUUACUCUAGAUAGCUGGAACGGCUACUAAAGCUGCGAACUUUAAAGACUGGUACUGGAAAAAUCAACUAUCCAAAUGCUAUUUGAGGUUGGAAAAUGUUGAAUAAAGAUGAAAGAAUCCUGUUACAGACUGGGAAUGUUGGCAGACGCCGAAAAACAACUUCUCUCCUCCCUCAAUCAUCAUAAGCUUGUAGAGAGUUACGCUUUCCUGGCCAAGGUGGCUUUGAAAUAAAAUUGAAGAAAAACUUUUGUUUUGAGAUUUACAACAGGAUGGACCAACCGAUGGCCGCUUUGAAGAUCUAUAACGAAGGUGUCUCGUAUUUUGAGCAUGACGUCACUCUUCUUACGGGAAUGGCUAGGACCCGAGAAGUCUAAAUGAGUUCUUUUAUCACCGGCUUGAACAAAAACGUUUAGCUCCUGGGCGAAUACGAGCUUUCAGUAGGAAUCUACAAGCGAGUUCUCAACGUUCAGGCGAACAACAUUGAGGCGAUUGCUUGUGUUGCAACUACAUAUUUCUACGACAACAAGCCAGAAGUCGCUUUAAGAUACUAUAGGUAUUUCUUCAGUGACCUUCCGCAUCCCGAAAAUGGUCAAUUUCGCGUUAUCAAAAGAUAUCAAACUUUGAAAAUAGAAGAUUUGUACUUUGAAAAUAGAAGCUUUGCAUAGAAGGUUUUUUUUAAUAUGAAAUAUUCUGAAAAGUAAAAAAAAAAGAAGUCCAAACUUUCUUUUCUUUUCCAGACGGAUCUUGCAAAUGGGUGCUGCCUCCUCCGAGCUGUUCAUGAACAUUGGUCUGUGUUGCCUCGCCUGUCAGCAGUUCGAUUUCGCCUUGUCUUCCGUCACCAGGUUUUUCUGAAGCGGAAACCUUAACAGACUGGUUUCAGAGCCCAGGCGACAAUGACCGACGACGUCGCUGCAGAUGUGUGGUACAACACCGGCGACGUGAUGCUGGGUAUUGGCGACACAAAGUUCGCCGCAAGAUGUUUCCGAAUGGCCUUGGCAGCCAACGCCGAUUACGGCGAGGCGAUGGUCAACCUCGGGAUUCUGAAGCAUCGCGAAGGCAAAAUAGGAGAGGCACGGUCUCUUUACCAGGCCGCCGUCGCCAAGGCGCCACAUCUUUUUGAGGCUCAUUUCAAUCUAGCUCUCAUUUCUUACAAGGUUAGCGAUAGGGGAAAAUUUCAUUUUUUUUUUCCAACUAAAGUUAUGCGUGGGCCGGCCAUGCAGAUAUAUGACCAACCGGGUCGACUCCGUGCAUAGCUCUGCUUUCAACCGAAUCAAAGAAAAUUGACUAAACAUUUUCAAAUAAAUUGAUGAAAAGCCCUAGAAUUUCUUCUAGAAUCAAACAGGGUCACUCAGCAUGAUUUGAUUAUGCUUCUAGCAAGGUCGCUACGAAGAGUGCCGUCAGCUGGUGGAAAAGGCACUGGAAAUCUUUCCGGGACAUGCGCAAUGCGUACGGAUGCUCAAAGCCCUGCGAGAGCUCUACACGUGUUUGUGAACUGGUAACUCGAGAGUACCACACUUCCGUCACUUCCAUUUACAAGUUCGGCCGCUUCCGCAGCAAACAUAAACUUGCCUCUGGACAAUAAAUAUUCAUGACUUUAUUCUUCUUCAUUAUUCCUUACAGUUGUCUGUUAUUUGGACAGGUUUCUACUCGAGGUUUUCAGAGUCAUAGACUUUUUUUUUUUCGAAAAAUCGAGAUUUCCUCUUAAGAUAAAUUCCUACAAGAAACCAUGGUCGUACUCGAAUUCCCGAAACUGCAUUUUGUGGUAUGCGGUCAAAAUUUUCCCUUUCCAAUUUUGCAACUGAGGACGACGUUGGCUCUACGAUGGCUUUGAGUGCCGAACUGUCGUAUGAGUGGAAUAGUCCAAGCUCUCUGCAUAACUUCUCGAAAACGUUGUUUGACGACGUUUCUGUCGGCAUCAACAUCGACAAUUUGUAGAAUUUAGACUUUGAAAAACUGUCAAAGGUAGUUUGAGAAUCGAUAUGAAGACGAAUCAAAUUGUGGGACGCCGGUCGUCUUCUUCAAAGGUCUUCAGUGCGCGGUCCUUCAGGUAGCUCAAUCAUUCAUUGGUCGACAUUUCUCUGAUUUUCGCAAUAAAAAAUCAGGCUUUUUGCUGGAAAAUUUCGAGUUUCACACAAUGAGAAGAGCAUUAAAAAACAAAAAAAAUCAGGCGCUCUCCAAAAUCAGGCUUUUGUACCUAUGGUUCCCUGUGAAAAUCUCAUGUACCAAGGUCGAUUUAAUAUUACCUUUGCCAGCAUUGCGCUGGACAAAAUCUAAAAAAAUUGUGAUUAUCGCUUCUUGAAAACGCUUUUUUCAAGAUGGCUGCACGUGCGAUGUCCGCACUUCGACCUCGCCGCCUAUCCGAAAGACGAGUUCCGUUGCAAGUUGCAGUUCACUUCUACGGCAGCCAACGCUUCGAUAAUGGCUUUGGUGCCGCAUCUUGUUGCUCCUAAAGAUCACUUCAUGGUUCAAUUUGAAUGUAAAAUUUCAUUUUCAAUAAAAAGCACUAGGGUAAUGCAGAGUGGCAAUUGGAGCUACACAGAGCUUUCGUACAAUGGAUCGUUAUCGACGGGGACAGCUUUGAACAGGUCGCUCCGCUGCACAAUCUUUCCUACAUCGAAUUUACAGGCUCUUUUCGAAUUUAAACUCAAGCGUAAGAUGGUCAAUAUCGUUGAAGUGAGCAUGAUUUGCAUGUUUCUCGUUAAUUCGCUCGCCAUUUAUAACCACUUUCCGAUUUUUCGAUUAGUACCCUCUUCUAAAGAACCCGUAAGUUAAUGAAUUUUUCACAAAAGUGUGUCUAAAUUCAGAACGCAAGAAUUGAACUAGCCAUCCAAACCACGAUCUUGAUGGUGACAGAAAUGAGUAGUCCGAAAAGUCGGCAAGGUUCCUCAAUUGGUAAAAUUAUUUUUCAAAUUUUUUUUUUCAAUUCUUAUUCAAUUCAAAUUUCGUAAAUAUGCAUAUGCUAGCCCAGAAAUUUGGACAGAGGACAAUUUCGAGAUAAAAAUUAAUGAGAAAGUUAAAGUUAAAGAUUCUUCUUAUCAUAUGAAGCUUCGUUUCUAGCCCGUUUCUGUUUAGGCAUAACUAAGAAAUAAUUACACUGGUCUUUAUCGCAAAGUGGAGCCUCGUAGCGAAAAAAUACUCCUUCUUCUCUCUCGUUGAAAAAUUAAUAAUAAAUUUUGUGCAAACUAGAAACCCUUUCGAUAAGUCAAAAUUUUAGAUUUUGUAGGAAGUGAAACGUAUUUUUUUUUUUUUGUAAGAAACAGACCAUAUUAAAGCGCAGCAAGAGCUCUCUUUCCUGAUCCUGACUAUUCUCACAAGCUUUCUUUGUCAGCUUCUCCCAUUUUUCGCCUAUCACUUCAGGUUACUCACUUGCAAUCGGUCAGAAAACAGAUGACCUUUCAGAUGCUGUCCAAUCGAAGCUCAUCCGAACGCAUCCGACGUCCCGUCGCCUCAUGAUAGACUGAGUUUGGACAGCGAAAGAGUGCGGUAAGUCCUUCAAACUUUAUAAUAUAAAUAAUUUCCCCUUUCUUCCAGUUACUCGGCAGCUCUGGACUCUGCUCGAAUUGACUCGAUGAAAAGCCCGCGGUCCACAGCUUUCGAUUCUUGCAUUGUAAUAUAGUCUAUUUCGCGCCAGCUUGUCACGUUUUUCUUCCCGCCAAAAAAACCGUAUACCAAAUUAGAUCAAAUGUCUGCUUUCAUAACGGCAAGAAACAAAGGUCUUGAAGCGAAAGUUGGUUAAAUUUGACCUGGCCUUUUGGCGGAAAGAAAAACGUGACAAGCUAGCGCGGAAUGACCUAUAGACAUUUCGGUGGACGUCUAAGUUACUUCUUUUUCAGGCCGAACUAAAGUUCACCUUGGCCAAUUUCAACGAACACCUCAACUCCAAAGCGAACUCUAAAUGGAGGAAGUAAUUUAUUAAAUUUUACUGAAACGUUGCAAAAAAUAAUCCGUUAUUAUUAUCACACCCCUUAUGCUGAUUUCAGGAAACUGUGGCGAAAAUCAUACAAACGGGCUGAAAGUAUCGCAUUUUUCGUCCUGCAAACGUUUAACGUUGUACUCUUCUUCACUUCAAUGAACAAAUAA